AUACUGUAUAUACCUGGAGCAAAGCUGGGUACAAAAAUCACACCCUCUCUGGAAUAACCUGGGGAGCAGAAGUACACCUGUGCCCCGUAGAUUCCGUUCUUGGAGCCUACAAGAGAGAGAGACAUUUGGAGAGAGAAACAAAAGAGAUGCACUGCGCUGCUAUGUUGAGUACCACAUCGUAUUCGUAUUGCAGGGCACAACAAACCCUAGAGCCUUCAUGUUCAACCACCUUUUUCCACGCCUCUUCACCCAUCAAGAAUUCCUUCCUUAGUAGCCGAGUUUCACUGUCGAGGAGAAGUAAUCUGGUGCAGAGGAGCAUACCGCGUUCUCUGAGGAUCCCAUUGCCCACCAGGACCCGCAGGCAAGUUGUAAAGGCUGUUGCUACUCCACCUUCUGCUGUCGAGUUGCCCUUAACUGCAGAAAACGUGGAGAGUGUGUUGGAUGAAAUCCGACCAUAUCUCAUUUCAGAUGGCGGUAAUGUGGCAUUACAUGAAAUUGAUGGCAAUGUUGUGAGGUUGAAGCUGCAAGGAGCAUGUGGCUCCUGUCCGAGUUCUGUAAUGACUAUGAAGAUGGGAAUUGAGCGUCGCUUGAUGGAAAAGAUUCCAGAAAUAGUGGCAGUUGAACCAAUAGCAGACAAAGAAACUGGCCUUGAGUUGAAUGAAGAAAACAUAGAGGCGGUCCUUGAAGAAAUAAGGCCGUACCUUGUUGGGGCAGCAGGUGGAUGUCUUGAAUUUGUGGCAAUCGAAGAGCCAAUUGUCAAGGUUAGAAUAACGGGUCCGGCGGCAGGGGUCAUGACUGUCCGGGUAGCUGUUACACAGAAACUGCGGGAGAAAAUUCCAGCCAUCGCAGCCGUUCAACUUCUGUAAAAGCUCAACCAAAAAGUCUGUUUAUACUUUGGAGGAGUCUCCUUUUUUGUAGAAAAGAUGUCAAAAACUGGUACUUGUAAGCUUUGAAGGAAAAGAUAGAUGGAUUUUGUGCUAAACCCAUGUAACGAAUAAACAGCAAUUGUUUCGUGUAGUUUCAAAGUCAUUCGGCUAUUAUCUGUUACUGAGGGGAGACAGAAUCCUGAGCUAUUGGGGAGAAUAACAAAAGAUCGUGUGGGUGUUCAUUUGUA